AUGCACCUUAUGCAUCAUCGGGACAUUGUACCUGACAGUGCCGUUGCACCGAGUCCCAUUGUUCCAACAUACCGGUCCAAUUCUGCUCCCAAGUCUUCCAAAUCUUCCAAAUCCUCUAAGCGCAGAAAAUCCAGUAUGGCCUCUUCAGUCUCUGGCUCGCCGGAGUCCACGGUCUCCCGGGGCAGCGUUCCACGCCAUCAAGCUCGAUCUGCUGGGAUGGCAGAACGCCCAUCUCGGAACGAAAGCCUUUCCGACCUGGUGCGGUUCUUCCAGACACAGAAUGUACCUCCAGCUGGCUCGGUGACAUCUCCAGAUUCGACGACAGCUCUACCUACUGUCGAGUCCCCGGAGGCCAAGGAGGUGUCGAAAGACCAACUGAAGCCCCUCCACCGUCGUCUUUUGCAGUUCACCCAACGCCAGAAGAAGGACCCAUCUAGCAAAACCAAAACAGAUGAUCACCAACGGCAAAUUGAAGCACUUCAAAGAGAAGGCUAUCUCCUCCUGCUCCAAAACAAAAAGGCACAGCACAUCGAUCGAAGGAAAGCAUUGAUCAACCCAAGAGCAGCCUCGAUCGUGCCCUCUCCAGAUCAAAGAAGCAAGAUGCGUCUAUCCUCCUUGGAUCUCAACGAUAUCGGCUCUAUGGUUGACGUCGCGGUAUCCAUAUCAGAGUAUAAUGACCCAUCACCGCCUCCCUACCAGCAGUCUGGCUCAAAUAUGGCUGAACCCCGUGAUCUGACUACAGCGUCUCAAACGACAUCUGCACUUGCAUCGGACAGAUCAUCAUCAGAAGUUCAGUCUCAAAGAACUACCGAGUCGUCAAUAUCCCCCUCUACCUCGACAUCUGUGGUCGAGACACAGGAAAGCCGCCCACAGGAAAACAGUCGCCCAUGGCCAUCAACUUCAAUUGAUCCAAGCAUUCGAAUCGACGAAGAAAUCACCUCCGACUCUCCGAGACCUGCCCUGGGAAGGAAGCCUCGUGGAAUACCAGAGAACUCUGACGUUGAUCAUGAUACACAAGAGCAAACUAGUGGUUCAAGCCAGCUCCUACAAGGUCCCGAACAUCCCCCUAUUCCUCCUCAACAGACUCCUGCAAAUCCGUCUCCGCCAUCUUUAAAGCUAUUCCCUGAUGUGGCGCCACUACGAGUCUCUGGUCAGAAGGCUCGAAGGAUGUCUGCAACGCCUCGGUAUCAAACACCGCCCAAGCCGGCCUCGACAGCCUCAUCAGAUGCUUGGUCCGAUGGAGAGACGCCCAGGCCACCAGCACAGAGGCAGUCCCAGAGAAAUUCGUCUUCAACAAGCUCCCGCGUGAAGAAUGACGAGCCCGUUUGCUCCGGGGCCGUCAACACUCCUACAACCUCAGCUAAAACAGCCCCUGGAGAGAGGACGUCAAAACCCGCACCUGCACAAAAGCAAAGCAGAGUCCGGCCUCCCUCGCUUGCUAUGGGAACCCUGCAGGCAUUUCCUCUCCCGGCCCCCACCAGGCCUUUGCCAUCAGUGCCCAGGUCUAGCAAUCUCACCGUUCCAGUCGAUACAAAGGCGCAUGCUAUCCGACCGGUGCGCUCGGAGUCAAAAGCUUUGAAUCAUCAAGCCUCGCAGCCCUCGCCAAUAUCGGAGGAGCCUCGGGAGGAGCUUCGACCCGCUACAGUUCUUGGGCACAUCAAUACCGCAGACACAGCAAACGACUUUGAUGAUUCUGAGCCACCUCAAUCCCUUCGUACAACUCCAGAGCGUUCCAAGUCUACUUCGCCUGAGGAAAACACACCAAGACGAAGAGCCGCGAGUCUCCAUGGGCCUCGCAUCCAUCACCUUCCUGAGAGGCAACAGGCGCCUGCAAAACCUCAUGGCAAGCGUGCUGCACGGAAGGGUCUGGAGAUCAAUGCUCGCCUCGACCGAAAGAAUCUCCCAUUCGGUCUUCCUUCUCCUCCUCCAUCUGCUGCCUUACCGCUAGAUCCACCACUCCAACAAAAUGCUGGGCGCUCGGGUCAUCGAAACUAUACUGCUCCUACAUUGGCCGGACCUUCUAAGACGUUAGAUUUGGCUUUUAACCCUGCUAAUCAUAGAUCUUCCAUCAUUUCUUGCAGUGACAGCUCCAGGAGUAGCCUCCGGCAUGAAAGAAUCCCUGAGACUGAUGAGCUCAGCCGCGCAGGUUCUCCACUGCCAUCUUCUGACGAUGAAUGCUUUGGUCCCAGCUCAGGUGCAAAACGCUCCGGUCGUGCUGCAGAUAAGACCCAGCCACGUUACCCUGUGCGUCGUGGUUACGAUACAGUCGAUAGCCGCUCCUCUAGUCAUCGAUCGCGCCUAGUGCCGCCAAUCAGAUCAAUGACGCCCCAGGGACGUAGCCCUCGCAGUUUUGAACAGUCCAUGUCUCCAGUGUCCCAGUAUUCUCAAUCCACACAUCGCUCUUACGAAUCAUCGAACAACCACCUUGGCCAAGGUUCCACCAACGACGCCGCCCAGCUCCUUGCAGACAGAAUCUCGAAUCUCGAACGCCAGAACCAAGUUCUUCAGGCCGCUCUUAUGGCUGCACUUAAUGCUGGUGUGACCCCCAACUUGUCACACAUCAACCUUCACGAAUCUGCCGUUCCAGCUUCCUUCCAUGCGGCGGCAGAUCCCCACCCGAAUCGCUCAAACUCUAGGACUGAGAGCUGGAUGAAGCCAUCCCGCAGCAGCGAGCAGGGUGGAUUCAACACCCCGAAUUCCCUUCGGUAUGAAGGAGGCAGCACACGAUAA